CUAGCGACUCGCUGUCCUAUUUGACGUGCGGCGCGGCGAGGAGUCCACUAAAGUAGCCUCUGCACUCAGCUGGCUGCUAGCAUCAGGACCCGGACAUGGACCUGUACACCGCAGCGGUACUCCUCGCAGCGCUCGUCUGCGCCGGCGGCACGGAGACGGGAGGCUACACCAAAACCGAGGGGGCGUGGCUAAUCUCUUUGAACAAGCGCCAGUACACCGUCAACGGCGUGGACGAGUGCGCCGCCAAGUGCGAUACUGAAAAUAGCUUCACCUGCAGGUCUUUCAUGUACGUGGAGAAGGAUCAAGAAUGUUGGACGGCAGGAGCAAACUCCAAAAUCGAAUCGGUUCUUCGAAGAGCCAGCGCAGCUUUAUAUGAAAAAGGAGAUUACCUCCUGGAGUGCGUGAAGGGGAUCGGGCAGGACUACAGAGGGACCAAGGCCAUGACAAAGUCAGGAAAGGAGUGCCAGCGCUGGGCAGCUAAAUUCCCUCACAAGCCCAACUUCACGCCAGAGAGCCACCCGCGGGCCGACCUGGAGUCCAAUUUCUGCAGAAACCCAGACGGAGACAGCGGGGGUCCCUGGUGUUACACCACCCAGCCCAACACCCGCUGGGAGCACUGCGGCGUUCCCAGCUGCACAGAGGAGUGCAUUUACUGCAGCGGCGAGGACUACCGGGGGAAGGUCGCCACCACCGAGAGCGGCUACACCUGCCAACGCUGGGACUCGCAGAAACCUCACAACCACGGCUACAGCCCCAGCGCGCUUCCGGAGAAGUACCUGGAGGAGAACUACUGCAGGAACCCAGACGGAGACCCUCGGCCGUGGUGCUUCACGACCAACCCCGCCAAGCGAUGGGAGAUCUGCUCCAUCCCCCGCUGCGCGUCAGAACCUCCCACCGUCGUCCCGGAGAUGACCUGCGCCACGGGCGAGGGCAGCAACUACCGAGGCACCAUCGCCGUCACCGAAUCCGGAAAAACGUGCCAGAGCUGGUCAUCUCAGACGCCGCACAAACACAACCGCACGCCCGACAACUACCCCUGCAGGGGUCUCGAUGCCAACUACUGCCGUAACCCGGACAGCGAGAGAAAGCCAUGGUGUUACACCACCGACUCCGAAGUCCGCUGGGAGUACUGCAGCGUGCCCACAUGUGGGGACGGACCCGGACCAGAUGAGCCGGUCAUUCCUCCAGAGGACGACGACUGCUACGUGGACAACGGUUCAAGUUACCGCGGCGUGACGUCAGAGACCGUCACUGGGAAGAAGUGUCAGGCCUGGAGCUCCAUGAGUCCACACAGCCACGCCAAGACUCCGGACAAGUUCCCCACAGCCGACCUCCAGAGGAAUCUGUGCAGGAACCCUGACGGAGACCGAUCUCCCUGGUGCUACACCACCAACCCCCUGGUCCGCUGGGAGUACUGCAAGAUCGAGAAAUGCUCCAGUAAACCCCAAGAAGACGCCCCCACACCCGAACCCAGCACACCCGAGAAACCCAGCACCCAGUUUCCAACCCAGAGAGACUGCAAGGUCGGGAACGGAACGUCUUACAGAGGUCCCACUUCCAUCACCAUCGUGGGCGUCACGUGCCAGGCUUGGGGUGCUCAGACCCCCCACCAACACAACAAAUUCACCCCCGAAACACACCCCGACAAGGGCCUCGAUGGCAACAGCUGCAGGAACCCGGAUAACGAUGCGAACGGACCGUGGUGCUACACGACGGACAGAAACACGAGAUGGGACUUUUGCCAGAUCCCAGACUGCGCGAGCCUGUCCUGCGGGACACCCGUGGUCAAACCCAAGCGCUGUUUCGGUCGCAUCGUGGGAGGCUGCAUAGCCAAACCUUACUCCUGGCCCUGGCAGGUCAGCCUGCGUACCAAUACAGGAAUCCACUUCUGUGGGGGGACUCUGAUCAACGCCCAGUGGGUGGUGACGGCGACACACUGCCUGGAGCGGUCCAAGCGGCCUGCCGCCUACAAGGUUCUCCUGGGUGUGCACACGGAGAGAGCUCAGGAGGCGUCCAAGCAGGAGAGGGGCUUGGAGAAACUGGUGCUGGAACCCAGCGGGGCCGACAUAGCGCUGCUCAAGCUGGACAGGCCGGCGGUCAUCAACGACAAAGUCCUGCCAGCUUGUCUCCCGGAUAAGGAUUACAUCGUUCCCAGUGGGGCCGAGUGCUACGUCACUGGAUGGGGCAAGACCCAAGGGACGGGAGGGGACGGCAUCCUCAAGGAGACGGGCUUCCCAGUCAUCGAGAACAAGGUCUGCAAUCGUCCGUCGUACCUUAACGGCAGAGUGAAAGACCACGAGAUGUGCGCGGGAAACAUCGCCGGAGGCACCGACAGUUGCCAGGGUGACAGCGGUGGCCCCCUGGUGUGUAAAUCCAACAACAAGUUCAUCCUGCAGGGCGUCACGUCGUGGGGUUUGGGCUGCGCCAACCCCAUGAAGCCCGGCGUCUACGCUCGCGUGUCCAAGUUUAUUGAUUGGAUCCAGCAAACCAUCAGAGACAAUUAAAGUUCAAAGAGAAAAGUUAAGCGCUGAUGUUGAAGGAGGAGCGUUGUUAUUGGACGGCCUGGUCUUCAAUCAUGCGCAUGUCCACGGGCCAAUGGGAAGUCAUCUUUAUUGGCCAAUCAUCAAGAAUACAACUUAGUCAUUUGUCUCGUCUAAGAUGCUUUGUUUGGAGCUCAUGAAGGUGAAUAAAUACUUGAGCGGAGGAGGAGGAGUUCAGACACUU